GCCUUUUUCCCUGUCGCGCUCAUUCCUCAUGCUUUCCACACUCACUCCAACUUCUCAUUCGGCUCCAUGGGGUCAGGAUAGUAUUGUGUUGAGGGAUUUUAUUUUUGCAAGGAAAGUACAUCCAGAAUCCAGGAGGGUACAACGUGGGCGACCAUGUUGGGUCAAAGCGUGCGUCUGCAGCCAGUGGCCAUCCAGAACCUGUCUGAAGUGGAACGAGCCAGACUCCAGCAAGUGGCCUUGUACCACCUGGACCAGAAGGGCCUGGACUUUAAGAUCAGCAUUCCCAGAGAAGUACGCAAACAGAGAAAAUCCCUGCGGAGGAAGUUUGACUCUUUUUCCAAAGAAAAAAAGGAGCGUGAGUCCGCCCCCAAGGCGUUUGGCAUCCCCCUCUCGCAGGCCAUCGCCAACGACCGUGCCUUCAAGCGGCAUCAGGACGCCCUAAAGGAGAGCCGGCGGGACUGCUUGGAGCUAGAAUCUAGCAUUCUGCGCUUCAGGGCCGAAAAGAGGCUGUUCUUUAACAGCAACAAGACGCUGGGCGGCUCGUCCUCGCUUUCGGGUGGUCCUGCGCCUGCCAACUCUGUGGCCCCGGCGCCACCAUUUGAGGAAAAGCAGAAUAAGCCACUUUUGGACAAUAGCGGGCGAGGACAGAGACGGGGCGGCCUGUCUGUGGACUCCAUCUCAGACCUUGUGGACAGUCAGUCUCGCCUGCUGGAGGCACUGCAGCUUUCCCAUCCGGCCGAGCUGGAGCUGAAGAAGAGCGGCAGCUCAUCCGAGGGGAGAAGCCAAAGCAAGCUGAGCCUCAACCCCAUCUACCGGCAAGUUCCGCGGGUUCUGGAGCGCUGUUGUCGCCACAUCGAAGCCCACGGUCUCCAGACGGUGGGCAUCUUCCGAGUGGGCAGCUCCAAGAAAAGAGUGCGGCAGUUGAGGGAGGACUUUGACGUUGGCGUGGACGUGCAGCUGGAGGAGGAGCAAAGCGUGCACGACGUGGCAGCCUUGCUCAAAGAAUUCUUGAGGGACAUGCCGGACCCUCUGCUCAGCAGAGAGCUGUACCCCGCCUUCCUGCACGCUAACCUUCUCCGAGGAGCAGAGCAGCUGCAGUUCUUGCAGCACCUCCUCUACCUGCUGCCUCCAUGCAACUGCGACACGCUCCUGCGCCUCCUCACCUUGCUGCACACCGUGCAGAGCUUCGCGCAGGACAGCGUGGACACCAACAACGAGGAGAUCCCCGGCAACAAGAUGACCGCCGCCAACCUUGCCGUCAUCUUCGGGCCCAACUUGCUGCAGAAGGAAAGAGGAGGAGACGCGGGCCUGCACGCCAUGGACAUCGAGGACAGCACGGCCAUCAUCAACGUCACGCUGGUGCUGGUCCAGAACUACAGGAGGCUCUUCAUGGUUUCGGCUGAGCUGCAACAGGAAGUCCUGAUGAGUCUUAUCCAGACCGACCCCGACAUCAUCGACUAUCUUCUUCGCCGCAAACUCAGCGGCAGUCACGUGACGGAGACUAGCAGCGAGUCGGGGGGCCGCCGGGACACGGGAGCCUCUCUGGACUCAGUGGGCGCCUCCAGCGGGAGUCUGUCACCGCUGGAGAUCCCUUCGCCCCUCUUCCCCCCUGACGGGAGUGGCGGCGAGGGCAGCCUGACCAGCGAGGUCUUCCUCAACGUGCUCAAGCUGAACCAAAGCAGGAAGCGACAUGACGCCAGAUACGGUGAUAUCCGGCCGGGUAAAUCCAUCCGCCACAUGCGUCAAUUCCAUUCCCACCACAACCUGCUGAGCCUGGUCCAGAAUCCCUCCUUCUGCUCCGCCGCCAGUCUGCACGACUCGUUCACAGGCGGCGAGCACAGGGGAUCCAUGCUGGGCGGCGGAGGAAGCGGUGGGUCUACGGAGAGCAACAUUUGGGUGAGACAGACGCCUGCUGAGGAGGGCAAGGCCUCACCCUCUGCCAGCUUCUGGGACUUCUUCACGGGGAAAGGGUCGAGUUCAGAGACAGUGGUAUGAUGGAUGGAAGGGGGGGAAGGGUCAGAGGUUAUUGGUCAAAUUAUGCUCAAAAUCUGCUUUUAAGUUUGACCUGUAAAAUUGCAUUGGCCAUGUACUACAUAGGCAUCCUGUGUACAUAAUGUCUUUUUACACAUUUUAGAGCUUGAUUGUAGCAGCCUUGAUAUUUUGUUUCACUUUUGGUUUGAGUGUGAAUGUUGUCUAUCUGCGAUGAGGCGGCCACUUGUCCAGGGUGUACCCCGCCUUCCGCUUUUGUGUAACUGCGAUAGGCUCCAGCCACCCCGAGAGGGACAAGCGGUUGAAAAAUGAAUUUGCAAUAAAGUGUCCACUGUGAGGAAGACUUUAAAGCAGCCAAAUGGAACCCAAACUGCUGGUGUUAUGUACUACUUUUUACCACCAGAGGGCAGCAUUCACCACGUUAGCGAGCAUAAGCCUCCUAAUUUGUGGGGAGCAGAACUUAUCAGUGAACUUAGUCAUUCAAUUUGUACC